AUGAAUACCGUCAGCUCACAGGAUGAUGAAGAUACAUUUAAAAUACUUAUUGCUACUGAUAUUCAUCUUGGCUAUUUGGAGAAGGAUCCAGUGCGUGGAAAUGAUACGUUUGUAACUUUUAAUGAAAUUCUGGACCAUGCUCAAAAAAAUGAAGUGGACUUUGUUUUAUUAGGUGGGGACCUUUUUCAUGAAAACAAACCUUCCAGAAAAACAAUACACUCUUGUCUGGAGUCACUAAGAAAAUACUGCAUGGGUGAUCGUCCUGUUCAGUUUGAAAUUUUGAGUGAUCAGGCAGUUAAUUUCCAUUGUAGCAAGUUUCCAUGGGUGAAUUAUCAGGAUGGAAAUCUCAACAUUUCUAUUCCAGUUUUCAGUAUUCAUGGCAAUCAUGAUGAUCCCACAGGGGCAGAUGCACUUUGUGCGUUGGAUAUUUUAAGCUGUGCAGGAUUGUUGAAUCACUUUGGACGUUCAACUUCUGUCGAGAAAAUAGAUAUUAGUCCCAUUUUAUUGCGCAAGGGAAGAACAAAAAUUGCUCUGUAUGGCUUGGGAGCUAUUCCAGAUGAGAGGCUGUAUCGUAUGUUUGUCAAUAAACAAGUAACCAUGCUAAGACCAAAGGAAGAUGAAGAUAGUUGGUUUAACUUGUUUGUGGUUCAUCAAAACAGGAGCAAACAUGGAGCUACCAACUACAUUCCAGAGCAGUUUUUAGAUGACUUUAUUAAUCUUGUUGUGUGGGGUCAUGAACAUGAGUGCAAAAUAGCUCCAUCCCAAAAUGAACAGCAACGCUUCUAUGUUUCUCAGCCAGGAAGUUCAGUGGUGACAUCUCUGUCCCCUGGAGAAGCUGUGAAGAAACACAUUGGUUUGCUGCAUGUUAGAGGGAAAAAAAUGAAUAUGCAGAAGAUUGCUCUAGAGACAGUGCGAACUUUCCACAUGGAGGAUGUUGUUCUAGCUGAUCAUCCAGAUCUUUUUAAUCCUGACAAUCCUAAAGUAACUCAGGCAAUACAAGCAUUCUGCAUGGAAAAGGUUGAAUUGAUGCUGGACAACGCAGAAAGAGAACGCUUGGGAAAUCCACGCCAGCCAGAGAAGCCUCUCAUAAGAUUACGAGUUGAUUAUACAGGUGGCUUCGAACCAUUCAGUGUCCAUCGUUUCAGCCAGAAGUACAUGGACAGGGUGGCAAACCCAAAAGACAUCAUACACUUUUUCAGGCAUCGGGAACAAAAAGAGAAAAGUGAUAGUGAUCUGAAUUUUGGAAAACUGGUUAGCAGGCCUGCUUCUGAGGGGACGACACUGAGGGUGGAAGACCUUGUAAAGCAGUAUUUUCAGACAGCAGAGAAGAAAGUACAGCUUUCACUUCUAACUGAAAGAGGAAUGGGAGAAGCAGUGCAGGAGUUUGUGGAUAAAGAGGAAAAAGAUGCCAUAGAAGAGCUGGUGAAAUUUCAACUAGAAAAAACACAGAGGUUUCUUAAGGAGCGUCGCACUGAUGCAGAGGAAGAAAAAAUAGACGAGGAGGUGCGAAAAUUCAGGGAGAGCAGAAAAAAGAAUACUGAAGAAGAGGACGAGGAAGUUCGUGAGGCAAUGACCAGGGCUAGAGCCCACAGAUCUGAUGAUGCAGUUCUGGUCGCAGCCUCCAGUGAUGAAGAACUUAUGGAUACGGGGAUGAAAAGCACUGGUGAUUCAGAUGAUGGCCUUCCUGCAACACUGAGCCGAGGAAGGGGCCGGGCAAGAGGUAGGGCAAGAGGUGCAAGAGGACAAAAUUCAACAGCAAGAGGUUCAUCUCGAAGGGGAAGAGGAAGCUCUAGCCAAGAGUCAGCUACCAGCAGCAGAACCUACAAGCCUGUAUCUGUGCCUGCCAAGAAUAUGUCUAUCGUGGAUG